GGGCUAAAAUUGGCUAGAGCGGCUAGAGAGCAAAGUGGUCCGACGAGCCGGUGCCGUUCGCUAACCAGUAGUGAGUGGGAAAGGUCAUUUGGAGGUGUGUUGUGGUUCUGUGUGAAAUCUUCCCUUGUAGUUUCCAUUGUAAAUUCUCCAAAAUGAAUACAUACAAGACUUGUUCGCGAUUUCUAUCUCCGUCGAAAUUGCUGCAUAUUUCUAGUAAAUCCGCAAGUUCGGGACAAUACGACUUGGCGGUGGUUGGUGGUGGCAUCGUGGGGGUAGCAUCGGCUCGAGAGAUCCUCUUACGACAUCCGAAAACAAAAAUUGCCAUUCUCGAGAAGGAGAAGGAGCUGGCAGUCCAUCAAAGCGGGCAUAACAGCGGAGUUAUCCAUGCGGGCAUCUACUACAAGCCAGGAUCUCUCAAGGCGAAACUCUGCGUGCAAGGACUCCGCCUCACCUACGCCUAUUGCGAUGAAAAGAAGAUCCCCUACAAAAAGGUCGGGAAGCUUAUUGUGGCGACAGACGAAGUGGAAGUUAGCAGGCUGAUGGAUCUACACGAACGUGGCAUCAAAAACGAAGUACCUGACUUGCAGCUGAUUGACGGCGAUAAAAUUCAAGAAAUCGAGCCUUAUUGCCAUGGAGUUAAAGCCCUAUGGUCGCCUCAUACCGGAAUCGUUGAUUUUAAACUUGUUACAAAAUCCUACGCUAAAGACUUCACCGAUGCCGGUGGAGAUAUUUACCUGAACUUUAAAGUUAACAAAUUUUCGGAAACGCCUACGAAUGCAGAAUAUCCAGUAACGAUAUCGAGCAGUGACGGUCAAUCGAUAACGGCACGGCAUGUUCUUACUUGUGGUGGUUUGCAAUCGGAUCAAUUGGGAGAACUGACGGGAUGCCCGCGGGAUCCUCGAAUUGUACCUUUCCGAGGGGAAUAUUUACUGCUGAACAAGGAGAAAUGUCAUAUGGUUAAGGGUAAUAUUUAUCCAGUGCCUGAUCCAAGGUUCCCGUUCUUGGGAGUGCACUUUACACCCAGAAUGGAUGGAAGUGUUUGGUUGGGACCGAAUGCUGUGUUGGCUUUCAAACGAGAAGGUUAUAGGUGGAAAGACAUCAAUUUACCCGAUCUAUUCGAUGCCCUCCUUUAUCCUGGUUUCGUACGUAUGGCAGGAAGAUAUUUGACUUUCGGUCUGAAGGAGAUGAUCAAGUCAGCCCUGAUACCACUACAAAUGAAAGAUUUGCAGAAGUAUAUUCCUGAGAUUACGGAAGCAGAUGUCAGUCGGGGACCGGCGGGUGUUCGCGCCCAAGCACUGUCAACAACCGGUGACUUGGUUGAUGACUUUAUAUUUGAUCGUGGUGCCGGGACUGGAGCCCUAUCGAAACAAGUUCUACAUUGCCGUAAUGCCCCGUCACCGGGUGCGACAAGCUCUCAAGCUAUUGCAAAAAUGAUUGCCGAUCGAAUUGAAAGCGAAUUCAAAGUGUUUAAAAAAUGCUGAUAAGUGUAGUAUAUAGUGGCGAAUGGCCUUGCGAGUACUUGAUUUUAAUUUUGAUUAUU